GGCUCGGAGCGUACCCCUGGCCCGAGGCCUGCAUUCUUCAGGUGACUCCGGUCACAGCCCAUUGCCCGCCGGCGAAGUUCAGUUGCAGCCCCUGACGCGUCCGAGGGUCCCUCCGGGGCGGGAGCGGCAGGUCCAUGGAGAAGGGCCCAGGGCGGGUGCAGGCGAAGCCGCGGGACGCCCGGUGCAGCAAUGGGUUCCCCGAGGGGGAGCCGCCGCGGCCCAGGCCCAGCACGCCCACCGAGAAGCCGCCGCGGCCGGAGAGCAAGAGCGUCCAGCCGGCGGACGGCUGGAAGGGCGAGCGGCCCCGCAGCGAGGAGGACAACGAGCUGAACCUCCCCAACCUGGCGGCCGCCUACUCGUCCAUCCUGCGCUCGCUGGGCGAGGACCCCCAGCGGCAGGGGCUGCUCAAGACGCCCUGGAGGGCGGCCACGGCCAUGCAGUUCUUCACCAAGGGCUACCAGGAGACCAUCUCAGAUGUCCUAAAUGAUGCUAUAUUUGAUGAAGAUCAUGAUGAGAUGGUGAUUGUGAAGGACAUAGACAUGUUCUCCAUGUGUGAACAUCAUCUAGUUCCAUUUGUUGGAAAGGUCCAUAUCGGUUAUCUUCCUAACAAGCAAGUUCUUGGCCUCAGCAAGCUUGCUAGGAUUGUAGAAAUCUAUAGUAGAAGAUUACAAGUUCAAGAGCGCCUUACGAAACAAAUUGCUGUAGCAAUCACAGAGGCCUUGCGACCUGCUGGAGUGGGGGUAGUGGUUGAAGCGACACACAUGUGUAUGGUAAUGCGAGGGGUACAGAAAAUGAACAGCAGAACCGUGACCAGCACGAUGCUGGGGGUGUUCCGCGAGGACCCGAAGACCCGGGAAGAGUUUCUGACUCUCAUUAAGAGCUGAACCUCAGCAUGUGCCACAUGGUUUACAGAUUGUGCAGCUAGUAGUAUCAUUUGGUCUUAACUGUUUGUACAUUCCAUUUCCAGUUGUUGUUUAUCCCUUGUCACUAAUUGUAUUUAAUAAUUAUUUAAAGCAAGUCAAAUAAAGAUAAUUAAUAAAGGGGUAAUUAAUCUACUUUCUUCUUGCCACCUUUUAGUGGCAACAUUCAAGCAAACUGCCAAUAGUGUAAGUUACUUGCAUAAAACCACUGCCUUU